GUUCGGCUCGGUAGGAGCGUGACCUCCUCCUACAGACUGUGUGGUCAGAGGGCAGCCCUGACUGAUACGUCAUGCUUUUGUUGUUUGAAUGCAAGUCAGCCAACUGAGGCUGUGCUUGUAAGAUUGAAAAACCGGCCGGUCCUCCCCGUUAGUGGCCGGCUCUCACGAAUGAUCUUGCUGAUGAAAAUGAGACGGCUUCUACUUUAUCUCAAGUAGCCUUGGGGAACAGACCUUCGUGCAAGGGGAGGGAGUCUUGCGAAGGGAAAGUUGUGGCAAAGUUGUUGAAUGUCAUUUUGGGAGAGUCCUUGGCCUUCUGAUUUUCUUCAAGAAGGUGGAAAUCUGCGUUGAAUUUUAAAACUCUUGGAGUGAAUGUGGUUUCAGAAGAGGGAAGCAUUUUCUUUGCAAAUGGGAUAGGUCUGAACGACCCAGCGAUGACUCUGAACAAUGUCACCAUGCGCCAGGGCACCGUGGCCAUGCAGCCGCAGCAGCAGCGCUGGAGCAUCCCAGCGGACGGCAGGCAUCUGAUGGUUCAGAAGGAGCCCCACCAGUACGGCCAGCGCAGCCGUCACUCUGCUGCCCCAGAGGACCACUGCCGCCGGAGCUGGUCUUCCGACUCCACAGACUCAGUCAUCUCCUCCGAGUCGGGGAACACCUACUACCGGGUGGUGCUCAUAGGGGAGCAGGGGGUGGGCAAGUCCACUCUGGCCAACAUCUUUGCAGGUGUGCAUGACAGCAUGGACAGCGACUGCGAGGUGCUGGGAGAAGAUACAUACGAACGAACCCUGAUUGUUGACGGGGAAAGUGCAACGAUUAUACUCCUGGACAUGUGGGAAAACAAGGGAGAGAAUGAAUGGCUCCAAGAUCACUGCAUGCAGGUCGGGGAUGCCUACUUGAUUGUCUACUCCAUCACGGACCGAGCCAGCUUUGAGAAGGCAUCUGAGCUGCGAAUCCAGCUCCGCCGGGCUCGGCAGACAGAGGACAUUCCUAUAAUUUUGGUCGGCAACAAAAGUGACCUGGUGCGGUGCCGGGAAGUGUCUGUGUCAGAAGGGAGAGCGUGUGCUGUGGUGUUCGACUGCAAGUUCAUUGAGACCUCCGCAGCUGUCCAGCACAAUGUGAAGGAGCUGUUUGAGGGCAUCGUGCGGCAGGUCCGCCUUCGGCGGGACAGCAAGGAGAAGAAUGAGCGGCGGCUGGCCUACCAGAAAAGGAGGGAGAGCAUCCCCAGGAAAGCCAGGCGCUUCUGGGGCAAGAUCGUGGCCAAAAACAACAAGAAUAUGGCCUUCAAGCUCAAGUCCAAAUCCUGCCAUGACCUCUCUGUGCUCUAGGCACCCAGAGUCGCCCAGAUGUCCCCCUGAUGGACGUCAUCGAACACCAUUGGGACUGAUAAUCUAUAUUAGAUUGGAUCCUUAAGUAUUAUUACAUAUGGCUUCUCCCAUUGUAGCUGGGAAUUAAUGUGUUAGCCUUAAGGGCAACAUAAUGCAUGGGAAAUGAAAGAUCUUUGUAAAAUCAGUAUUUAUUUACAGGAAAAAGCCUGACCUGGCUACUUGAACACCCAAGACUCAUUAGAGGACAUGUUUGGUGUUCACUUGUGUUCCUCUCUCCUUUGGAUAGUAGAGAAUUGAAGCCUACAAAAGAAUGCUCAGAACGAGAACUUUUCAUCAUUAAAAUUUCACCCAGUGUUCUGAUACAUGAAUUUGAGGCCAUUAGGUCAUACACAAAUGUAGGAAAGCCUUUAAGGGAUUUAUUCAAAGGAGGGAGAACUUCUUUCUCUGUACCUUGUAUUCAUGGAGCUAGAAUUAUAGAACUGGGCUCAUCAUAAUCAUGACCAUCAUGGCUCCAUCAAGCUGUGAAAUGAAAUGGUGCACCUUGCUGGAAGCUAAAGCUUAGUGAACAAUUUUUGUUCAGCGCCCACAGUCGGGGAUCCAGAAAUUUGUAGAAUUGGGAACUGAUACAGAUACUACUUAUGGGAUCAAAAAGUCAUGUCUUUGCUUCUGUGUCUUGUAAUUUUUUGUUUAGGGGAAAAUUAUUUUAAUCAUUCUACUCAGUCAAACCACCUUUUAUGUUUCAUUGUUUUUAAAGUCAUGGGGCCAUCAUGAAAAUAUUUUAAAAAUUUGAAUUAUUGAUAACCUGGAGUGCAAAAUGCCAAAUUUUGAAAUAUGAUCAAAGGUCUGAAUUUUUAUAAAACACAAAACAUAAAUACUUCCAGUACUUUGGGUUGACCAUUGUAUGCCACAGCUCUGCUCUAUUUAUUGUUAUUUUGCAAAAUAAUAACCAUUUUAACAUUUGAUAAAGCAUAUUUAUGAGCAUAUUUCUUAAUAGGAAAAUGUCCAUUUUAUUACCAUUUUCUACCUUUUUCAGAAUAUGCAAGUUUUUACCUAUGUGUCUUAUAAUAAAAGAAAUAAAAUCUUUGGGAAAAAAGA